AUGUAUUCAGAUAUUUCUCUUAAACAUUCAACAUUAGACACGGACAUAUUUCAGUUGCUGGCCUCAAUUCGUCCUCAAUGGACCCCAGCAAAUACUCAAUUGAAAAUUUUUACCGAAGGAAUCACAAAUACAAUCACUGGUAUGUUUGAAAUUGAUCCUCAAACAAAGAAAAUCAUUAAUGAAUUUCAAGCCAUCAUCAUCAAAAUAUUCGGCCUUAACAGCGAACUGUUUAUUAAUCGUGAAAAUGAAUCAAUAGCCAUGAAACAACUUGCCAAGUAUCAAUUGUCAAAUGAAAUACUUGUAAAAUUUAAAAAUGGUCUUAUUUAUUCUUACACACCGGGACAAGCAUGUGAUCGUGACAUGGUAGCCGAUUUACAUAUAUCAGAAUUAAUAGCAAAAAAAAUAGCGCAUCUUCAUUCACUAACGCGUGAACAAUUACAAAUAGAACAAGGCUUGGAACCAUUUCUCGUUUCAGGUUUGAAAAAUUUUUUAAAUUUAUUAUCAAGUGAUUCAUUUGCAAUAAAUUCGUAUAAAUGGUCCGAUAUUUCCAGCGAUAUAGUUCAAAUUGAAAAUCAAAUAUUACCCCAUUUAGCUGUAGAUUUGGUUUUGUGUCAUAAUGAUUUAUUAUGUAAAAAUAUCAUCUAUGAUAAAAGUAACGACGAUAUAUCGUUUAUCGAUUUUGAAUAUGUACAAUACAAUUAUUGGAUAUAUGAUGUAGCAAAUCAUUUUAUUGAAUAUGCUGGAGUAGAUAAUCCUGAUUUUGAUCGUUAUCCAUCUAGAGAACAUCAACAUGUUUGGUUAAAAACAUAUUUUAAAUAUGCAACAUUUCUGACACAAAAAAAUGAUAAAGAUUUAGAUGAUAUUUGUGAUUUAAUUGAUAAAUUUGCGGCAUUGUCACAUCUGUUUUGGGCUUUGUGGGCAUUUGUUCAAGCAAAUGUUUCAACAGUCAACUUUGAUUAUAAAGAAUAUGGAAAAAUGAGAUUUCAAAAAUAUUUAGACUUUAGAUCAAAAUUGUUUGCCACAUAA